AAGGGGGGAGAAAAAAAGAAAGAAAAAAAGGUAAUUUACCAAUUUAGGCUCGUGGACUCGGAGAAAUCCCGACGAGCCAACCAACAUCAUCAUCAUCAUCAUCAUCCCCCAAUCCCUCCCCCUCUCUCUUUCCUUCGAUCUCUCAUCUUUCUUCUCCGUCAUCGAUAACGGCGACUUCAGCGAUUCAAGUCCUCUUCGUUCCAAGAGGAUUUAAAAGGUGGGUCUUUUGAAGGUAAUUACUGCAAAGUGUAGGGUUCUACUUCAAUACUGUACAUUUCUAUAUUUAUUUUGUUCAAGGUAAUUUGUUAUUGUGAAGAACAAUCGGAUGUUAAUUUGGUGCUGUUAGAAUGAUGAAUCAAGGCGGCGAGGCACAGAAAUAUCAGGGGGUGGAUAUGAGUCAGGGAAACAUGUCUUUAACGUCGGGGCACCAUUCCUGGUCUUCAACGCCAGGACCUGUUACUGUUUCUUGGAAUUCAUAUGGGACAGCUAAUGCUUCUGUUGAGAAUGGGGUCCCCUCAAGUUCUGGCUACGAUUAUGAUACACAGAGGGAGACCACUGUUACCGGAGAUGGUCACAGUGCAGCCAGUUCUGCUUGUCAUGCAUCUACAUCAUCAAAUAGUGGUACCACAAAUUUGCCACAAGAUUAUGCUAAUUACACACCAUAUUCAAAUCCAAUGGGAACUUAUACAUAUAACAACACGGAAUAUCAAAACUAUUACAACUAUCAGCAGCCAUCUAGCAGUUCUUCCUCUCAACAAGUGGUAGCUUGUCAAAACUCAGGUGCUACUUAUCAGUCUUUUAGCUCAUUUCAGCAUACAGGCUCUUAUGUCGCUCCUACAAGUUAUUCAAGCACUUACUACAAUGCUGGUGAUCAUCAGACGGCGGCGGCAGGAUACCCAAACAACAGCUAUGUUAACCAGUCCAACUACUGGAACAAUGGAAGUACGGGAAGUUAUCCUCAGCAGUAUCCAAACUACACGGCGCCAGUUGCAAACUCUACCCAAGUAACUAGCAAUGCAGCAAGUUCUCUUCAUUAUCAGCAUUAUGGUCAAUGGCCAUCUUAUUAUUACCCACCUGCUCCCACUGUAAAUAGUGUUCCUGGUACAGAACAAAUGUCGACUACCAGUAGCGCUCCUGCUACCCCAGUUCAAGCUGCAGCAGGCAGUUAUCCAUAUCCAAGCAACCAGCCGCCACCACCUGGCACCACAACUUGGAGAAGUGAAUCUGGACCUUCAGUGACUCCUUUUUUGCAGGAUAAGAACAAUGUAACGACAUACAAUCUGAAUCCUUCUUCCGGAGUUGCAGGUCCUGUAUCACAGAGUCACCAAAUGAAUCAAAUGACCUCGCACUUUCAAAAUCCUGCAGAUUCAAGUCCUUUGCCUUCUGAAAAUCCUAAAUAUCAGCAAACGAAUAUGCAAAUUGAAGGCUCUAUUUUACAGGCCUCUUCGACUAACCAUGUCUUAGAUCAUUUCCAAGCUCCCAUGCAAACCACCAUGUUGGACACACAACGGGUAAGAAAAAUGCAGAUUCCAACAAAUCCUAGAAUUGCUCCAGGUUUGGCCUUUGGCAUGUCAAAAGGCGAUAAAGAAAGCUCAACACCUAAUACUGCAGUGAAACCCGCUUAUGUCAGUGUUCAAGUACCAAAGCCUAGUGAUAAAUUGCCCUCUCAUGAUGAUGAAGAGGCCGUAAUGAAGGGAACUCUCCCAGCAUCACUCCGUACUUAUGUGGAAAGAACUUUUGCUCGCUGCAAGGAUGAUUCACAAAGGGCUGCUAACCAAAAGCUUAUGAAGGAGCUGAUCACAAAGGCUUCUGCUGAUGGCACACUUUUUACAAGAAAUUGGGAUAUCGAACCACUUUUCCCCUUGUCAAAUGCCAUUGAUGAAGCUAAUCAAAACUUGUCUAAAUUUACAAGGAGCCCGAAGAGGCGCACAAAAAGUCGAUGGGAGCCUGUUGAUGAUGAGAAGAUGGUGGAGAAAUUGGCAUCUGCCAAUUAUGAUUUGACCAAGGGUGCUGGAAAAGGGGUACAUAAUUGGAAUAGGAGUAACGAUAACAGUCCAAAUGGGCUUAAGUUUGUUUCGCCUAAACAGCAAACACCAUUAAGUAAAAUUGCUCAGAGGCCAGUGAAGAAACCCCGAUAUGGUGAUAGUACAAACACAGAAAAUGGUGAUGUUUGUGAUAAUGAUGAGCAAAGUUUGACCAAAUAUUAUGCCAGUGCAAUUGCACUAGCAGAUUCACCAGAUGAGAAGAGGAGGCGUGAACAUCGGUUUAAGCGUUUUGAGAAUGCACAGGAAAAUCAAGCAGAAACUAGGCAUUAUAAGCCAAAAGCUUCUGGAGCUGGUAAUACAUACACGAGAAGGGCAAGCGCUAUGCUCAUUGCUAAAAGCUCUGAAGCUAGCUGUACCAGGGCUGUUGAAGAUUUUGACUGGGAUGCCCUUACAGUGAAGGGAACCUGCCAGGAGGUUGAAAAGCGCUAUUUACGUCUUACAUCUGCUCCUGAUCCUGCUACUGUGAGACCCGAAGAGAUCUUGGAAAAAGCUCUUCACAUGGUUCAGGCUUCUCAAAAGAACUAUCUUUACAAAUGCGAUCAGCUUAAAUCCAUACGGCAGGACCUAACAGUACAGAGAAUACAAAAUGAACUAACUGUCAAGGUGUAUGAGACUCAUGCACGGUUAGCUCUAGAAGCUGGAGACUUGCCAGAGUAUAAUCAGUGCCAAUCGCAGUUGCAAAGCCUCUACGCAGAAGGAAUUAGUGGAUGCUACAUGGAGUUUUCUGCUUACAAUCUGCUUUGUGUUAUAUUACACUCCAGUAACAAAAGAGAACUCUUGUCAGCGAUGGCGAGGUUAUCGAGAGAAGCUAAAGAGGACGCUGCUGUGAAGCAUGCCCUUGCUGUAAGCUCCGCCGUUUCAUCAGGAAAUUAUGUCCAAUUUUUCAGAUUGUACAAGGCUGCUCCCAACUUGAACACUUCCCUUAUGGAUCUCUACGUAGAGAAGAUGAGAUUCAGUGCUAUCAAAUGCAUGUGUAAAUCAUAUCGUCCUACAAUCCCACUUUCAUACAUUGCUCAGACAUUAGGCUUUUCAAGGGAAGCACAAAUAGCGGAUGGUGAAGAUGAGGAUGCAAUUAAGUUGGAGGAGUGCGAGGAAUGGUUGAAGGCACAUGGCGCAGUUCUUACUGUUGAUGGUAGUGGAGAACACCAGGUAGAUACAAAGGUUACUGCUCCCAGUCUAUUCAUGCCAGAACCUGAAGAUGCAGUUGCACAUGGAGACACAAGCCUUGCUGUUGAUGAUUUUUUGACUCGGGCAGUUUCUUGAAGUUUGGCCAACUUGUGUUUCUCUUUUGAUGUACGAUGAUGAUACAGCGAAGGUAAGGGUCCAAGGCCGUGCGUCCUUAACCCAGAGGAGGAAAUGAAUUUUCUCUUAAUUACUAUUACGAGAAUGCUCGAUUAAUUGCCCCCCUGACCACGAGUGCAAGGAGCGAGAGAACAAGUAACCUCGAAUGAAUCAACAAUGGACGUCUUUGAUUUUUACAUGGCUUGCGGCAACUUUUCCCAUGCCUACGUAUGUUCUUGUUCUGAAACCCAAUUCCUGAGAGCCAGCUUGUUAUGCUGAUUUUGUGUUUGGAUUCUGGGAUCAGUAGUGUUGUAUACCCCGAAAAGAAUAUGUUGUAAGAUGAUGCCCAAGCUUAAGAGUUGUACCCUUUUACUGAUUUGAAGCUAAACUGCUCAUUGUUACAAUUAUUUAAUUCUUUGUGUUACGUAAAAUUAUGUGUGUAAUCAUGAUCAA